AUAGUAUAGUAGUGGUAGAAGUAAUAGUGCAGUCGUGUAGUAGUAGUAGGGAGCGCGUAAAAAUCCUCGGCACUGGCACCGCGCUGGCUGAGCGAGCCGAUCCGGACAGACAACAUGGCGCCGGGACUUGCUGCUCUCCCACUCGGCUCUCACUCUCUCUCUCUCUCUCUCUCUCUCUCUUUCUCUCGGCCAAACAUGCGAGCGCGCGCACACAUGCACACGCUCUCGCUCCUUCUCUGUUUCACGCUCGACGCCAUUUCGUGGGGGCCCAGAGUCACGGCGUAUGCGUGUAUCCGCAAGCAUGCGUGUGUGCAACAGGGGGGAGACAGAGAGAGAGAGAGAGAGAGGCGCCUACGCCCGCGAGCGAGACGGAAAAUUACGCUCCGAAAGAAGCACUGGCUUGAGCGUGUGUUAGCGCCUCGUUCCUCGAACACACGGCUUAAACGGGGGGACGCAUAUAAGCAACUGCGAGAGAGAAAGAGAGACAGAACAGUGGUGGGGGUAAACCGAGCCGAGCAAGCUAGCCAGGCAGGCGGCAGAGCGAGAGAGAAGCAAUCCGGUCGACGAGCAUUGGCUAGAGUGAGAAAGAGCGAGACGAGAGCGCUGCUGCUGUCCGCCUGCGAGUCUGGCGAAGGCAGCCCACAGGCGGCGGCUUGCUGAGCCUCAGUCAUCAGUCGACUGGUGUGAGCGUUUGGUCUCCCUGCCAGUGUCUGGCUGUCUCUCUCUCUCUCUCUCUCUCUCUCUCUUUCUCUCCGUGUGCCUGUCGUACGCGAGUAGUCGCUCCGCUCCCGGUGUAUUUCAACGGUCUUCUGCAUUUGUCUGUUAUAUCGUGGAGUCGCGCUGUUGUAGCGACCGCACAGUGUGCCUUGGAUCCAAAUAGAUAGUGUCCGAAACGAGAUAUACGCACGUUGGGAGAAUUGCAAUGUCGGAGCAACGAAAAGUGCCUCAAGAAAGAAGCCGCAACAGCAGCAAAGUAGUGUGAGAGAGAAGUUGAUCGAGGCGCCACUCGACGUGUGUGUGCGUGUCUCGCGCUCUCGUCGAGUAGCCGCCACUUCGAACGUGUGCGUUUUAUAAUUCUCGGCCGGCAGCGGCGGCAAAAGCAGCAAAGCUGCGACGUUGUGUAACGCGCCUGGUGCGCGUAGGCCUUGCUUGCCGCGAUUAGUUUUUUCGCGCUCGAUGGCCCACGGCGUCAGCGAGAUGCUCUCCCCUCAGGGAAGUCCAACCGGCGCUAAGCAUCACCAGACCCAUCAUCAGAACAGCCUGCGCAAGAACGUAGGAGUCAUGGGCAGCAGGCGCAUCUUCGCACCGGCGUUCAAACUCAAGGUUCUCAAUUCGUAUCGCCAGGACCUAGACUGCCGCGGUAAUCAGCGCGCCACGGCCCGCAAGUACAACAUACACAGGCGCCAGAUACAAAAGUGGCUGCAAUGCGAGGAGAGCUUGAGGAGCUGUUGCGCUGCGUCCGGGGUGGAUAGUAGUAGUAGCGGUACCAGCAGCGGUAGCCCGUCACCCGACUCAACGCAGCAGCACCAGCAGCCACAGCACCAACAGCAUCACGCACUUCAGCAGCCGGCAACCUUGAACCCCAGUCGCGCCAGACUGCACGGCGACGAGCAGCAGCAGCAGCAGCAGCAGCAGCCGCCGCCGCCGCCGCCGCCGCCGCCCCCUCCACUACAGCACGCGCAACAGAGCGCAGCUGCCGUCGCGGCGACCUACCGAUUUCUGUCUCAACCGCACCACUACGAAUAUUCGCAUCCGCAUCCGCAGCUCGUCUAUCCCGUGCCGCCGCCGGCGGCCACGCCGGCGCUGCCCUAUCAGUACGCCAGCUUCCAGCCCCCCACGGUCCGUUACUCGUCGGCGGACGAGGCCACGACGGCAGCCGAGAUCAAACGCGAGCCUGCCAGUCCCGACUCGGCUUUUCAUCAGCUGCACCAUCACCAUCGACUGCUGAAGAAGGAGCGACUAGACGACGAAGCUUGCACUGUCUCGUUCAGCAGCGGCGCGAGCGAGGCAAGUAGCAGUAGUAGCCCCGUGCCAAGCCACUUGGAGUCACUACCGCCGAGCCCGCGCGAGUCCAGCGGCUCCUCGGGCUCCGACAGCGAGGAGGCCGACUCGAGCUCGGGCUUCCAGCGGCACUCGGUGCGCACCGACGGCAAGGCCGCCGCGGGCGCCGAUCUAUCUCGCAGGCGCUCGUUCUCGCUACGCUUCAAGCUGCGCGUCCUCGACGCCUUCCACUCGGACAAGAACUGCAGACAGAACCAGCGCGCCACCGCGCGUCAGUUCAACAUCAAUCGGCGCCAGGUGCAAAAAUGGCUCAGCCAGGAGCGCGACCUACGGGACCCCACGCAGCAUCGUGGCGCCAACCGCCAGCGCCUCGGCUCGCACUCGCCGGCCGUGCCUUCUCACCACGAGGACUCCAAAUGGCUGCUCAGGCGCGAGCGAUUCUCGUCGCCGACGACGACCAACGCGACGAUUUCGCACGGCGUUAUCGAAGAGACGCCAGUGGACCUGCGCACCGGCAGUGCCGAGUACGGUUAUUCCGGUGAGAUGUCGCCCAACAGUUACGCGGAUACCGUGCUCACGCCACCCUAUAGCCAGACCGGCUGCACCCUGCCGUGCUGUAGUCAAGAGCAGCCAACUUACCACUGCUACUCGCCGCCGCAGCAACAGCAGCAGCAGCAGCAGCAGCAGCAGUCGGCGUUGAGCUGCUCACAGGAGCAACCUCUAUGCCUAGUAAAGCCGAAGACGGAGCCGGUGUCGAGCACGGUGCCCACGCCACCUGCGCCCACGCCACCCAAGAGGGACGCCAUACUCUUCAAGCCCUACCUCGACAACCCAGUGAGCAAGCCCGCUCCGCCGUCGCCCAACAGCAUCAGCAGCAGCAGCAGCAACAACAACAACAACAACAACAACAACAACAACAACAACAGUCACGAGACCUGCAACCUAAACGAGCUCGCCCUCGACGUCAGCUUCAGGCCUCAGCAGCCGCAGUACCCGCAGCAGCCCUAUCACCUCGAGAUCCCGCGGGCGAGGAGUGCCUUCGUCAGAUAUCCGGCGUACCCACAGUAAGAAAAAAAGGCUCGAUCGACGCCUUCCCUCCGCGGACAGCGAUGCGCGCCGCUUCUUUGGUACGUUAACUUAUUACAUAGCUUUGGCAGUCGACAUUUUUUGUGAUACCCUAGAGCUCUGUGCGGAAGAGGAGACGUCGCUGCACGCGCGUCAAUGAAGGCGUACUAUACCACGCAUAAUAAUAUAUGUAAAUAUGUACAUAGCGAAUUAUAUAUUGUUGCGAAAUAUAGCAAAGAUAUUUUUAUACCUCAAUUUCAAGCUGAAUCGGCUAUUCGAAUAAUAAUGGUAAUGUGCCUUUUCGAACGCGGCCGAAAAUAAAAGAGCAGUCUCUUCCACUUAUUGCGGAAAAGAAGCGUAUCAGUGUACUGUCGGUGCUGUCUCGCGCGCCAAGUUUUCCAUUAUUGCUGAGAGAACGCGCGCGCGCGUGAGCAAGAGGAUUUAUUGCAACUAAUGUGCCUUGAUGACAAACGCGUGCGAUUGUAUAUCUUUCUAAACAGUAUUUUUGCUAUAAUAAUCGGUUUGCGUCGACGCAUAAUAAUUAUUGAGACUACAAGUAUUUUUAAAUACAGAUGCAAUGUUGUUUCUUCUUUUUCUUGUUUCUCGUAAAAAAUACUCAUUCAACGGGACGAUUGUUUUCGAUCAGUAACCUCCGGUGUGUGCGUGCGUGCGUGCGUGCGUGCGUGCGUGCGUGCGUGCGUGCGUGCGUGCGUGCGUGCGCGCACGUGUGUGUGUUUGUGUGUGUGUGCGUGUGCUUGUGCAUGAGCGCGCGUACGUGGGUGUUGUUCUCUUCCUAGUUAGGAGAGAAAAGAAACCAUUGGUGAGAGACAUUUCCUCGAGAAAAACGACAAAAAUAAAUAACAAAAAAAAUUAUAAUCAUGGAAUAGGGUCCCGUGCCUUACCCUGUUUGCAACCUUGGCAGGUCAAGGCAGCAAUGUACAAUAAAAAUAAAAAUGUCUAGAGACAGAAAAAGGAGGUAAAUAAAGUAAGUCGUAGCCGUAAGCCAUAAUGAAAUCACAUAUUGCCAUAACGUUUUACAUAAUAGAGUAUAUAUAUGUAUGUGUGUAUAUGUAUGUGAUAUAUAUAUGUGUAUAUAUAUAUAUAUAUUAUAUAUAUAUUAUAGUUCUAAUGGAAAAUAUAGUUAUAUAUCGCCGAUUGACUGAACAAGGAGCGAAAUCCUCGGCUCUGCGCGAGAGCAUCCAGGCGAUUGAUAU